AUGGUCGAUUGUUUUCAUCGUUUCAUCGUGGAGGUGGAAUUUGGAAGCAGUGUAUCUUGUAAUUAAAUCUUGGUUUUACGAUUUUUACGUUUGGGAAUAUUAUUAAGUUAAAUAAGAAUAUAAAAUCGUACAUUUAUGUUAAUGAUUUGUUUAUUUAUUUUUUUUUUUUUUGUACUACCCAUUUUUGAUUUCAAAUCUAAGAGUUAAAACAAGAUAUCUAAGUUUAUAGUGUAUAUCUAAACCUAACCAUAAACUAUAACAAGUAGCUAUAACAAUUAUAAUGAAUACUAAACACAAAUAUAAAUCCGGUUCGAAAAAACGUCGAGAAAAAAAUAGAGAAUUAUUGUUGUAAUGUGGAAAUAAUAAAAACCAAAUGAAAUUAAUUUUUUCGAAAGGUGAGUUCAAUUUUUAAAUAAUUAUAUGCUUUAGCACCUAAGUUAAUAUUUUAAUUUUUAAAUAAUAAUAAAUAAUAUAGUUAGCAAGUAGUGAGGUAGACCUACAACUUUUGGUGUAAAAUUAUAAAUAUUACAGACAGUGCCGUAUUUAUAAUUAUAGGAGGUUAUAUUGGGUAUAGAUCCACUCACUUUCCCUUGUUUUUUAAGAAAAGUUGUUUCUUACAACUUAGUUAUCCUGUGGGCUGUGAGUGACAUUACUAUUGAUUAAAUAUAUAUAUAUAUAUUUAUAUAUGUAUACAAUUAUAUUUAAUCAAUGACAUUACAAAGUAAUAACACUAUUAAAAUAACCCAGUGAGCUGAUUUUUUAAAACUAAAAGCUAAAUUGUUUUCUUAUAAUGUAUUAAUGGAUCCAUAUUGAUUAAGUUAAUUAAAGUACAUCAUGCACUGUAAUAAUAUUAAAAUUAUUUUAAAAACUAAACAUUUAACAUUUUUAAAAGUAUUCAAUAUGUAUUACAAACAUAAAAUUAGUUUUUGGUAACUGUAAUGAUAUUAAUUGUAUAGAUACACCUGAAGUUUCCAAUUCCAAUACAGAACACUUUAUGGAACAAAAUAAUGUUGAACUCUCAAUUGUAGAAUUAGGUAAUUAUUUAUUUUGAUUGUUUUAAAAAAAUGUAUUUAAUAUAUAAAUGUUAAUUUAAUAUUAUUUUUUUGUAAUGUUAAUGAUUGUAAUUGAUUUUAUAGGUGAAACUGAAGUUUCCAAUACUGAACACUAUAUGGAACAAAGUAUUGUUGAUAUUUCAUUCAAAAAACCAGAUUCAAAUAAUAUUGCUAUGUAUUGGUUAUUUCACCCAAAUCAACCAACAAAAAAAAUUCCAUUUACAGCAGACAAAGCAUAUAAACAAAAGGAUGGUAGUUAUAGAAAACGGUUAUCUUACAAUACCAAAGAUAAAGCUCUAUUUUGUUACAUAUGUAUCGCAUAUGGACGUGAUUCUGGAGUAUUCAUAUGA